AGUCCACGGAAUGUGAAGAUGUUGCUGAGUUGAAAGUUGGAUUUGUAUUAAGUUUUAUAUUUAAUGUGUUUUGUAUUUAUUGUAUGAUUUCUGAAAAUAUAUAAAAAUGGCUUUAAAGAAAGUUAAGGGCAAUUUGGAACGUAUGUUUGAUAAAAAUUUAACUGAUUUGGUUCGUGGAAUAAGAAACAAUAAAGACAACGAAGCCAAGUAUAUAGCCCAAUGUAUUGAUGAAAUAAAGCAAGAAUUAAGACAGGACAAUCUGGCUGUUAAGGCAACAGCAAUAGCUAAAUUAACCUAUCUACAAAUGCUUGGUUAUGAUAUGAGUUGGGCUGGUUUCAAUGUUAUUGAGGUAAUGAGCUCUUCAAAGUUUACAUAUAAACGAAUAGGAUAUCUAGCAUCUAGUCAAAGUUUUCAUGCUGAUACUGAGUUGCUAAUGCUGACCACCAAUAUGGUACGAAAGGAUUUAAAUAGUCAAAACCAGUAUGAUGCAGGUCUGGCACUAUCUGCUCUCUCGUGCUUCAUUAGUACUGAUCUUGCUAGGGAUUUAGCAAAUGAUAUCAUGACACUGUUGACAUCUACGAAACCCUACUUACGGAAGAAAGCAGUGUUAAUGAUGUACAAAGUAUUUUUGAGAUACCCCGAGGCUUUAAGACCUGCUUUCCCUCGAUUGAAAGAGAAAUUAGAAGAUCCUGAUUCAGGAGUUCAAUCAGCUGCAGUUAAUGUGGUCUGUGAACUAGCUAGAAAAAAUCCAAAGAAUUAUCUAAGCUUAGCUCCUGUCUUUUUCAAACUUAUGACUACAUCUACAAAUAAUUGGAUGCUAAUUAAAAUUAUAAAACUUUUUGGUGCGUUGACUCCCCUCGAGCCUCGCCUUGGUAAGAAACUCAUUGAGCCCCUCACCAACCUCAUACACAGCACUUCUGCGAUGUCUCUUCUGUAUGAAUGUAUUAAUACUGUUAUUGCAGUUCUCAUCUCUAUUUCGUCAGGGAUGCCUAACCACAGUGCCUCUAUUCAACUUUGUGUACAAAAAUUGAGGAUACUGAUUGAAGACUCAGAUCAAAAUUUAAAAUAUCUUGGCUUAUUGGCUAUGUCUAAGAUCCUUAAGACUCAUCCAAAGUCUGUACAGUCACACAAAGAUCUUGUGAUGCAGUGUCUUGAUGAUAAAGAUGAAUCUAUAAGACUCAGAGCUCUCGAUCUACUUUAUGGCAUGGUUUCAAAAAAAACUCUUAUGGAAAUUGUUAAAAAAUUGAUGAUUCACAUGGAUAAAGCUGAAGGAACAACCUAUCGGGAUGAAUUGCUUUCCAAAAUCAUUGAUAUUUGUUCCCAGAAUAAUUAUCAGUAUAUCACAAACUUUGAAUGGUAUGUAAGUGUUCUUGUAGAGCUGACUCGAAUGGAGGGAACACAGCAUGGUAAAUUAGUAGCUGCUCAAAUGGUAGAUGUGGCUGUAAGAGUUCAAGCUGUAAGAGCUUUUACUGUCAGCCAGAUGGCACUUCUGUUAGAGAACAGUCAUUUGUUAGCUCAACCUCCUGCUAAGAUGGCUGAUGUAUUGUAUGCUGCAGCAUGGAUAUGUGGAGAAUUCGCUAGUGAACUACCUAAUACAAAGUCAACUUUAGAAGCUUUAUUGAAUGGUCGUAUUAAUUGUCUUCCACCUCACAUUCAAGCAAUUUAUGUUCAUAAUAUUCUGAAAGUUUUCUCCAAGAUUUUAGAAGUAUCAGAAACUGAGGAAGCUAUUAAGACCUGCAGACUGGUGAUGGAGAAACUUCCUCUAUUUGUUGGAUCUGGAGAUCUUGAAGUGCAAGAAAGAGCAUGUUCGGCACUAGAGCUUGUAAAGCUAGUCGAAGAAAAACUAAGUUCAAAUAAUGGAGAUGAGUCAAUUGUACAAGCUGUUAGUAUUUUAUUUGCUGGAGAAAUGAACCCUGUAGCACCAAAAGCUCAACGUAAAGUGCAGAUUCCUGAUGGCCUUGAUCUUGAAGCAUGGAUAAAUGAUCCUCCAUCUUCCUCUUCUGAAGAGGAAUUAGAUGACAUUAAUAAUCAAUUACCCGAUAUAUUCACUGUUUCUAAUACAAAUGAUAAAAAAGCAGUUCCUGAACCUACUCCAGAAGAACUGACCAAAAUGAGAGAAGCAAGAAGACAUGAACAGGAGAUGAAUCCUAACUAUCUUAAAAGCAGUAAAACAAACAUAGCAAAAAAUAUCGAUGUUACUCCUAUAGAUCUCUCAGUUCCUCUCAUUAUACCUGGUCUGGCUUCCUCAGAAAAAUAUAUUAAAAAAGGUUCAAACAAAGAAAGGAGUAAAAAGAAGAAAAGGAAGGGUAAAAAAGAUAAUGGAAAAAGUGAUGAGUCCAGUGGGGGUGAAAGGGAAGUUGAAGUAUAUGUAGGACGUGGUGAAAUGCCAGACGGUGCAGUAGAUUCUGGUGAUGAGAACCCAGGUUUGAGAGAGGCUGAUGAUCCUCAUGCUGCUCUUGACAUAAAUCUGGAUGAACCUUUAAAAGAAGAAGAAAGGAUACCUUUGCCAGAUAAUAAACUCCCAUCUAAAACUAAUAAACACAAAAGGAUUAAGAAAGAUAAAGAAAAAUCUAAAUCAGAUAAUAUUAUCUCUUUUAAAGAAAAUGGUAAUGAUCUGCAUAAUGAGUACAGCGGAGUGAUAUCAAGUAAAAAUGAAGACAAAAAAAAGAAAAAGAAAAAGUCACUUAGUAGUAGUAAGGUUAAUAAGACUGAAGAUAGAAGCCAUAAGUCAUCAAAACAUAAUAAAAAAAGUAAGAAGACACCAGAUAACGAAGGUGGUACUUUAGGUAAUCUAGUGAAUAUUAAAGAUGGUUAUGAGGAAGCAUUAGGUAUAUCUACUCCGUCCAAGGAAUCUCAUGUUCCUAUCAAUCAGCCUUCACUUACGAGGCUGGCAAAUAAUAAGACUAUAAAUCUGGAUUAUCAUGUGAGGCAUGUAGGAGGAAUGGAGAAUGAAGUUGUCACUUAUUUGGUCAUAACAAAUAAUAGCCAAGAAACAGUACGAAAUAUUGAAAUUAAUGUUUCUGAUUCUAAUAACAUUCAGUUAAUAAAUGAGCUUGGUAGUGUUGAAGUAAGAAGAAAAUUGGGUCUUAUUUUAUCUCCUGGAGGAAGUGGUGAGACAGCACUAACACUUAGGAUAAGUGAGAUCGCUCCUAAGAAUAGGCUACGUGCUACAGUGUCUUAUCUCCAACAAAAUGCAAAUGGUGAACAAUUGUUGGACAAACUGGAUGUGUGGCUCACAAUUCCUCUCCCCAUUUUUCUAACCAGUGAAUCACCACCUUCAGAAGUAGUCACAUCACAAUUGCAACACUCAGCUGCUUUAACUUUUUCUCCUAUAGCAUCACCUUACACAUUCCAACAGAGGCUGAAACAGGUGUGCCAAGAAACAGGACUAGGAAUCAUAGAGACUGUUGAUGACAGGGCUGCUACCCUGUGGGCUAGAACUGUAGGGAGCUCUGGGAAUCAAGUUUGCUUAUUAAUAAAGUCUGACCCUAUUAGAUUGAGCCUAGAUGGCAAAUCCGACAGUGCUGGUCUUCUAUCAGCGAUAAUUGCUGCCACUUCUACUGCUCUAUCAUGAUCUAAUCUUAAAUUCUUCUAUUUCGGGUUUUAAGAUAGUUCAUUUCAUUUAUUCUUUUACAUAAAUUUAUAUCUGUACAUACCAUAAUGUAUUAUUACAUGAAAGGAGUGCUGUGUCUUGGAUAAAUUUGUAUUUAUUUUAAAUAGCUAUCUAUAGGGAAGAUGGUAUUUAUUGCAAAUUUUUUGUAGUUUUAAAACACUGUACCAUUUUAUUGAUUUAAUUUCAUUAAAAGGAGACAGCUAUGAUAGAUGUGUCAUGUUGAAUUAAUGAAUCAAAUUUUUUAUAUUGAUUUUUUUUGGAAGCGUCCUUCCAGUAUUAUCUAAGAUUUUAUUAUAUUAUUGUAAUUAAUAUUUCAUUAUUGAAUGUUUAUACAGUUGAAUGUAGAGGUAUAUAUGAAUAUUAUUUAUAUAUAUUGUUAAAGUUUUAUCUAUACUCAUAUAAGAUUAGAAUAAUAGCUAUAAUAUACUGAUGUUAAUGUUUCGAAUAUGAUUUACCAUUAAUUCUAGAAUUAUUUAAUGACUUAUGUUGAAAUAAUGCUAAUGUUGAAAUAUUUUUUAUUAAUUGAUUUAUUAUUAUCUGUGGAUUAUUUUUAUUUUUUUAAAAGCCUUAUAUAUAUAAAAUGUAUAUUAUUUAAACAUACCUUGUGUAUAUAUCUGUAUAUGUUCUAGAAAUAAAUAAAUUUUAAUUUUCACAUUUUAUUUUAUUUCAUUUUUUUUUGUUACUCUUGGGUAAUAAAUUGUAUAAUUAUUGUGAUGUUUUUUGGAUCAUGAUAUUGAUACAAAAUAUUUUGUCUAUUGUAAUAUAUUUAGAAAGUAAGUAAUUCCUGUUUACUCAUUUUUUUUACAUUAAAUUAUUGUUUAUCAGAUCAACCUUCUAAAGCCAUUUAGACUUUUUCUUUAUUCGUGCUUAAGAAAUGUAAGACUUUGAAAACUUGUGCAAUUAGGUACAAAAUAUUAUUAAAAUAUAAAUAUUGUUUAUAUUAUAAAACUAAAGCGUUGAUAUUUAUUAUAUAUGUUAUUAAAAAAUAAAUAAGGGAAUCGAA